AUGAAAGACAUCACUGACCAUAAAAUAGAAAACGUAGAGAUUGUUUUUCCAUUUUCUCUUCUGCGGGAAUCGACAAGGAAGGAAUUAUGCUCACCUUCCGAAGGUUGGGUUGUUGAUGAUGCGUUUGACGUAAUGCUUGGAUGUGGGGAAGAAAGGAUAAGAGCGUACACCAUUAAAUUUCUAAAAACUCUGAGCACUCAAAAGUUGGUACUGUUUGAUCCGGCCUGCUCAACUGGCGUCUUCCUGUCAACUUUGAAAAAGGCAUUUCCCGAGAGUUAUACCAUUGGACAAGAUCUCAGCAAGCAAAUGGUAGGAUUUUCUAAAACUCGGGUCGAUGAGGUACACUGUGGGAACGCCAUGGAACCAAAAAUAUCUCCAGCGUCAGCUGAUGUUGUCUUUAUUCGUUUUCUCAAUUCUGAAGUUGUUACGUCCACCGAAGCAGAACAACUCAUUGGUGCUCUUUUGCCGACAGUUAAGAAAGGUGGAUACAUGGUAAUAUUUGGACAUACACCGGUCUUGCUAUCGUCUGCUAACUUUUCUUUGAUGGAAAACUUCGUUGUUAAACAUUGUAUUGGCAUUGCUGACGAUAAGAGUGGGAUACUCCAGUACUAUACUCUACAAAGGCAAUGA